AUGGCUAAUCAGACACCCAAGAGAGCCGCUGCGGAGGAGAGACUGUCCCAAGUAGCUGCACACGUCAACAGCACAGGAUCGAACGCGGUAUUGCAGAAGCAUCCGGAUGACAUCGUUGUCACCACCGCUCUACGGACGGCUAUCUGCAAAGGUGGACGCGGACAGUUCAAGGACACACCCGCAGCCGACCUCCUCCACGGCGCCUUCACCAGCCUAAUCCAACGCUCCGGCAUCGAUCCCAGCAUCGUCGAAGACAUUGCCGUCGGCUCAGUCCUGCCCCCAGGCGGCGGAGCCACCGAAUUCCGAGCAGCAGCCCUCGCAGCCGGCUUCUCAGAAGGCACAGCAGUCAAAUCCCUUAAUCGCCAAUGCAGCUCCGGCCUCCAAGCCUGCGUCGACAUCGCCAACGCCAUCAAAUGCGGCAUGAUCGAUAUCGGCAUCGGCGCAGGAGUCGAGAGCAUGUCGACGCAAUAUGGCCCGCAAGCUGUGACCGAGUUCUCGGAGCUGCUGGAAGAGCACAAGAAGGCUGCGGAGUGCAAAGUACCGAUGGGUGUGUUGAGCGAGCAGAUGGCGAAGGACAAGAGUAUUAGCAGGAAGGAUCAAGACAAGUUCGCGGCGGAUAGCUACAAGAAGGCUGCUGAGGCGCAGAAGAAGGGCUUGUUUGAUGAGGAGAUUGCGCCACUGAAGGUCAAGUACGAGGAUCCGAAGACGGAGAAGGUUUCGGAGAUUACUGUGUCGAAAGAUGAUGGCGUGAGGGAGGCUACGUUCGAAAGCCUGAGCAAGAUCAAGCCUGCCUUCGCCAAAGACGGGUCGAUUCACGCUGGCAAUGCUUCGCAGAUCUCGGACGGGGCAGCGGCUGUUCUGCUGAUGAAGCGGAGCACAGCGGAGCGUCUUGGGCAGAAAGUGCUUGGGAAGUACGUGGCUGCAUCUGUGGUUGGCGUUCCGCCGCUUCUGAUGGGUAUUGGACCGUGGAAAGCUAUCCCCGUGGCUCUGCAGAAAGCGGGUGUGUCCAAGGAGGACGUCGACAUCUUUGAGAUCAACGAGGCAUUCGCGUCGCAGUGUCUGUGGUGUGUCAACGAGCUAGGCCUGCCGAUGGAGAAGGUCAAUCCCAAGGGCGGUGCUAUUGCGUUUGGACACCCGCUUGGAUGCACUGGGGCUAGACAAAUCAGCACGCUGCUCUAUGAGUUGAAGCGCACCGGCAAGCAGGUUGGUGUGACCAGCAUGUGCGUUGGGACCGGCAUGGGCAUGGCUGCUGUGUGGGUGGCUGAAUAG